AUGGCACAGGUGUCAGAGUCCCUGAAGACUCAAUCGUGUCAGACCGAUGAUGUUGCCCUGGUUUCGCACUACCCGGCGAAUCUGCUGUUCGCUCAGGGUAUGUUGAAUACCACGUUGCUACAGCUGCAGCAGGUAGAGCGGCAGAUAUCUCGCCUGCACGAGUAUGUCCUCGAGCACAGGCGACUGGAGGCUUGCGACAAGGAAGUCCGCCGCGGAUGCUUCGGCAUAAGCAGCGAGGCUGAGGCAGUCGUCGCCGCAGCCAGUGCUUUGUCUGCAUACGCCGAGGCGGCACAACCGCAAGACGCAGCAGCAGCAGCAGGGCAACCUGCAGAAGCUGCGCCGGAAGCAGCGCCAGCCGACGCUGCUGCACAAAGGCCACUCCAUCGACGGCGGCUCUCACUUCUCUUCAAGGUUGGUAUGGUCAUGAUUCUUCUGGAGGUUAGGACGGGAUGGUACUUCUUGUAUAUUCUGCUUGCACUCGUCUACCUAGGUGGAAUGUUCGACUCGUGGAUAGAGUGGUUCCAGAACUUGGCAAAUGCUCAAGUCACGCUCGAGCACCAGCUGAAUGCUCUGCGCAGGGAGCAGCAGGCAGCCAACGAAGCUGCAGCCGGCGAACCCGCAGAAGCUGCUGGCGAGUCGUCCGAAGGCAGGCCACAGCCUUCCGAGGCCGACUCGAGCAAUGGACACAGGCAAGCGGAAGGUGAAGCUCCACGGGCCCACGAUGAUGACAACACCGCACCGGAUGCACCAGCAGAUGCACCUGCGGCACCUGCAGCACCGCAGCCGCGGCACGCCCGGAUACGAACCAAAGUGUAG